CAGUAACGUCUCUGGUGGCGCCACCUCAGAACCCGACUCAGGACAGCGGCGUGUGCACCCUCGCUGGGUAUGUCAGUCCCUGGCAACCGACCGGUCGGCAAGCGUACCCUCUGUCGCGGACGGGUCCACCCCCGGCUCGGACGUGUUUGUCCAGGCCAAGUCUGAGAAGAAAGCAAGGUUCCAGAUGACGCCUCACCCUGUGACGGGCCAGCAUCUGAUCAUGCCACCGGGCAGGAGGCGGAGCGUGAGCAGAACUUCCCGCUCAGCACAGCCUGAGGAGCGAGAGGGCAACCAGUCGCUGGUGUCUGAAAACGCUCGGCAGGCUGAACGCAAUCGCCGCAUCUGCUGCGGCCUGCUCAUCCUGUUGGCCACGCUCGUGCUGGUGGCCAUCUGUGUUGGCGUUCUCGUCACAGAAUUAAAACGAAAAAGCGCGUCUCACCGAGCCUCGACGACUGACGCCGAGCACCUGAGAACCGGCGCUGCCAUCAGGCCCGCCACCUGGCGACACAUCGCCACUGCCAUCUACCGAACAAGUGAUACACUUCCUCGCUCCCGUCCGCCGCGACGACCACUGAGAACCGCCCUGGCUACUUCCGCAGGCGACGGCCGACCAGCGGCGGUCUCACUCGCCAGCCGCCAAUGA